AUGGCUGAACCAACCCUCGAUGGUCUUCCCCUCGAGCUCAAGAUCAUGGUUCUACGCGAGAUGCCGGAUCCGAAGACUAUGACAUCCCUUGUUCGGUCAUCAUGCGGAUACUACGAGGCAUAUCACAUGGACAAGCCCGAGAUACUGAAACGCCUCGUCAAGCAACAGUACACUGGUUUUGUGGACCUGGCAGAAGCGCUAACUGCCAUUCGAUCAAAAAAUCUUCAUUUUACAGUGGAUAGGAGCAACGCCAUUGCGUUGCUGGAUAGAUGGCGUCGGAGAAAGGAGAUCCGUGAACGAAAGGGAUACAAGAUAACUUGGCUUGAUGAGCCUGAUAGCGCUGAGGAAAGCAUUGCGCUGCUUCGUUUCCGCAAUGUCCUAUCCUUUUUUGUCCAUGAGUUCACGAAGAUUGAACAGGGAUCCGAGGUGGAGAUACCGGAUCAACCGAAAUUGAUCUUACCUUUACGCAUGGUGAUCUUACCUUUACGCCUGGCACCCUCUGAAAGCGAUCGGUUCGUGAAGGGCUUAUGUCGGCUCCAAACCAUGCAUCACAUAUUCGGUGACAGAAUUCGCUGUCUCAAAUACAUGGAUUGGGGCUGGGAAUCUGCGCUGUGGGAUGAUGCUCGGAUCAAAGAAUUUCGAAAGUUAUAG